GCAGGUGUGUUCCUGUUAGUGUAUGCGCACGUGUGCGCGACGUACGUGUAGAGCCUCUCGUCGUCUCUGUGUAGUGAAUGCCACUAUUCUCCUGUGUGUGUGUGUUGUGUGGUACGUGUGAUACAAAAUGUGAAAACUGCCGUCAAGGGAUAUCCGUGUUGCGCUACUUUCACAGGCAGGCAUAUCCCAAGAGCCGAAAAGUCGGUUGGGCGGAGAAGUAUCGUCUGAAGGAUUCCAGAAGCUGCCAUCGACUCCUCCUUCUUUCAAAGACCGCCAAAAAACGUUCGGACGUGUAUAUGGACGGGAGGGCUUUGUGGUGAUGUUGUGAGCCUUCGUGCAACAAUGAACUCUACCUGUGCCGGAGUGGUAAUUGCUUCGCUUCUGGCGUGUUUGUUCUGUGUGGAUUCGUCGAGGAUUCAGCUCAAUGAGAACGGUUACACCGGUAUUGUGGUUGCGCUGUCGGCCCGCCUGCAGGGGAGCGUCGCCGGACGACAACUGAUUCCUCCGUUAGAGGCAUUGCUUCGGAACGUCUCAAUCAGUCUGUUCCAGUCGACACGGAACCGUGCCUUUCUCGAAGAAGUCAUCGUCUUGAUUCCCAAGUCUUGGGGUCCCAAAGAAACCUGGGCUCGUGCACCAAACCCUACGGUGUUGUGGUCCAGUUGGCAGUCUUACCGGGACGCCGACAUCCGCGUGGUGCCCGAUGGAGGGCCCUUCGACGACAAUCCUCACACAGUGCAAUAUGCAGGCUGCGGGAAAAUGGGACGGCAUCUAGUGCUAACAUCAAACUUCCUUCAUACGCUAGAGGAUCCUACAGCCAAGGAAAAAUACGGACAUCCGGAACGUCUCCUAGUGCGAGAGUGGGCCAAGUACCGCUGGGGAGUGUUCACUGAGCAUGGGUACCCCGGCGACCCCCUGUACCCGUCGUAUUACCUCAAAGGCACUGACCCGAGCAAUGUCCUUCCAACCCUCUGUACGGAUCAGCCAGUCGACGUACAGUGGCGGUCCUCCUCCGACCAGGACUGCAUUCGCCACGUCGAUCCAACCACAGGGCACCCACUGGCCGACGUCGACUGCCACUUGGUGCUCAACCGCACACAGGAUACCGUGUUCUCCUCGAUUAUGGCUCUUCAAACGCUGCCCAACGUGAACCAGUUCUGUGAUGGUGGUGAACAUCUACACAACGAAGAUGCACCAUCCAAACAGAACGCUCUCUGUAACUACCGUUCUACUUGGGACGUGAUUGCGAAUCACGAAGACUUUAGAAACAGGAACCAAGUUGGGGAACGUCUCUUGGGCCGUACACGGUUCCGCUACGUGCAAGAGCCACCUCUGCGUGUCGUCUUCGUCAUCCAGGUUACCUCGGAAACUAUGCAGAAGGACCGCAGGAGAUUUGUGAUGCAAGCUCUGGGAAAGUUCGCCAUGGUAGAUGCCCCUGAUGACUGCCGUAUGGGUCUGGUCGCCUUUGGAGAAGUCGAAACGCACCCACGACUUAACCUCACCUUACUGCAAUCAUCGGCCGUUCGUUCCGAGAUAUCCGCCAAGUUGCCUUUCCCAAACCCUAAGCUUAACACCUCACUGCAGGAUGCCGUCCUCAAGGCCCUCCAGCUCUUGCAGAACGACAGGGACGUUCCGAGUCAAGUGCACAACCGCUCCGCUGCUGGAGGUGUUAUUCUUCUCAUCAGCAAUGGCGUGACUGAAGCAAGACCAGCUAGUUAUCUUGGCAAGAUGCUGGCCAGGGCGCAAGUGCGACUGCAAAGUAUUAUCUACCCAGAAGCCAACUUGGAAGAAGAAAACCACCUAGACGUAGCUGUGGAGCAGACUGGUGGAAUGACAUGGAGGGUGCACGAGUCUCUCAUCAACGACCAGCACGGAAGUGUGGCCACCCUAGCAGACCUCUAUGAUGCCUUCUACUCCCUUCUGCUCAGAGGACAUUCGUCGGAUGAGACGGACAACUACGUCACGUUGGAGCGUCGCGAAUUCGGUGAGAGCGAACAGGGAGGUCCACUAUCUCUGAGCUUUGACCUGGAUAGCAGCCUAUCCCGACAGCUUUACGUCAUUCUCAUGGGUUACGAUUUCAACAAAUACGGUCUGCCAUCAGUCGCUUCAGAGAGUCUCCAGUUGACCGCUCCUCUUCUGACUCCAAGAAGGACCUACACUGCCGAUAAUCUGGGUGUCUACAGUUUUCAAAGUGACCUCAGUUACUACGCUUUUAAGAUAAACGAUCCUUCGGUGGGUCUGUGGGAGUUACUGGGAGAAGCACGGACCAAGAGCGCCCAACCGGUCAUCGCCAUCGCGUAUGCCAAGCCUUCCACAGAGGAACAGCCUAUUCUCCUUAAUGUCUGGCUCAGUCGAAACGCGUCAUCGGUGAACGCAUCUCAGGCAUUCAUUCUAUUUGCCGAAUUGAAGAAAGGGUCGCGUCCAGUGGCGGAUGCGAUGGUUACAGCCUUCAUACGACAUCCAAAAUCUGGCACCGUUUCACGGAUACAGCUCAUCGACAAUGGAGCAGGAGAUCCAGAUAUUACUGCCAGGGAUGGCGUCUACUCGAGACACUUCACGGGGUUUACAGUGACCGGGCGCUAUGACCUCAGAGUGGAAGCCAAUGACAAUGACUUAUCGGCAGUCGUUAUCGGGACUUCUGGUGUUGAAACAGAAAGCAGAACUCCUUCAGAUGCAGAAAUACCAUCUUGCUGUGGAAGCCGAGUUCCGGACGCGUUUUCCCAGAAGUCCAGUCGUUUCACGCGCAUCAGCCACUACGGUUCCUUCUUUGUCAUCACCCAAUCAGCCGACAGAGAUGAGCUGCCGCCGAGCCGUGUGACGGAUCUUCGGGUCACUGUGAUAGACAACAGGAGGUUGGCGGUUACACUUAACUGGACGGCGCCAGGAAAUGACUUCAGUGAAGGACAAGCGAGCAAGUACGAGUUGAAGAUGUUCAACGACAAGUCGAAUGCCCGCCACCAUUUUUCCAGCCACGGUCAACUGAUCGGCCAGUGGGAUCUAGAUGGCCCUUACUACGACCCUCCUCGCCCGUUCGGUGCUGCCCAAACAGCUACGAUACGCUUAAAGACGAUGGAGAGUCCAAAGUAUUUCGCCAUCCGCGCUUUGGACGACGAAGGCAACGCAGGGCCCGUAUCCAAUGUCGUCGAGGUGGUCAUCAUCCCUCCUCCUACGACGACGACAACCUCCACCCAACCAUCUUCACCCUGGGGCGGCAGCGUGACCAGUGGGUCCCCUUCAAGCGGAGCCCACAGCAGUCGGGAUAAGCUGACAGCUUCCCAGCUUGCUCUCAUUAUUGCUAUCCCACUCGCUGUUUUGCUCAUUAGCAUCAUCAUCAUCAUACUCCUGAUGGCUCGCCGGCGGAAGGCUCCACCCGCUAAAAAGUCCCCCAACAAUAACGGCAGUGCUCUGCCACCGCCAGCGAAGAUUCCACGUGAUGACAUCCCUCCGCCGGCUCCUGAGGAAGACUUGAAGCAAACAGGUCGAGUUGACAGUGCAAUCAGCCCAGUGAACUCGUGGCCUGCAACUGUUCUACUUGAUCACUACAACAAGGUGCAGCAGGCAAAGCAACGGCACGAACCACCACCCAUCAUGAUGGUUGACGACGGAGUGUCUCUCAACUCUUCCACACCGUCUCUCUACUCCAAGAGUGAUUACGGGGCUGCGCCACGUGCACUGAAACCAAGUCAUGACGUUGCGCCGUCGUAUAAUGCCGCGUAUUCUUCGUCGCAGCAUUCGCUCGAUAGGAUGGGCGCUACGCGGAAUAUCACCCAGGUAUAGCAUCGUCAAGUGACGCUGCGUCGGACUACUGUUCUUACGUUUAAAACACCUGAACUUGUAUGAAACGUGCGCGGUACGUCAUGGCACUGCGCGAAAACCAAAGAAGAACUCUGACACUCUGGUGGCACGAAAGUUAUUUCUGUGCUUCAUAUUUUGUUUGCUCUACUGAGAAAGUGCGUCGCAAGGAUGAAAUGAAAGCCAGCUAGUCAGCAGUAGUAGGUACUUGCUAUUUUGGCUAGUCAGGGUAGUCGGUUUGAAGUGUAGGUGCCUUCACAGUUGCCGUUUGCAUGAGUGAAGUACACCGCAACGAUGGAUGGAAGCGUUUGUUAGGGCAACGUAUGGCUUUCUAGUCACAUGAUUGGCUUAGUGGGCUCAUCAGUUGGAAAUCACAUUUUUAAUUUGCGCAUAUGACUGUGUCUGUGAUUCAUUCAUUUACACGCCCUGGAUGCGCACUUUUUAGUAUAAAGAUUGUUUGUUUCUGCACAUAAAUCUGUAAAGUUCUUAUAUACUUCAGGAAGAAGUUGGUCACAUAGCCGCGUGGCUUUCCAUAUGUGCAAUACUAAUGACCACACGAUGCAACCUUGAGUCUAUGGUAUCCAAAGUUUAUAGACAACAUAUAAAAGCCGCCUCAGGUCCACGAAGGAGAUAUACAGUCAACUCUCCUUUUAUGAACUCUCGAUUUCAUGAAGGAUUUUUCCAGGAACGUUGACCGUUCAUAAAUUGUCAAAAUCGCAACGGCUAUAGGAGCAUAUAUAGUUUUAACGACAAGCUUUCGUACAGAGUCUGCACUUCUGAAAAACGUUUAUUAACAGAGUGAGCAGCAACCUUCGCAGUUGAAUGGCGGCGCUAAACACCGUACUCCGUGCGGAAGUAGACCCAACCUACGUGUCCCGAUAGCACCAAAGUUUACUGAUAUUGAGCUAUAAAGUACACUUCUCACGAUUCCAGGAUACCGCCAUUUUCCCAAGGUCCAAACAUCUCCCAUUACGUGUCUGAGAUAAUGAUUUCGUUAUAAUUUAUUACCGCGAUAUUAUACGGCUGUUAAUGAAGUUCGUUGUUUGUAUUCCACGCAUUUCUGUAGUACCCUAUCGCGCGUUCGUUGAACGUUGAAUUCAGCCAGUUCUGAAUGGGGCCAUAAAAAUGUAAUGUCUCGAACGACCUAUCAUCGCCAGGCCUGAUUUGUCCACCGUGAUUCUCUUACGCAAUAGCGAAUGUUGAACUCCCGUAAACUCAAAGGGGUAUAUUCAAAAUUGGAAGGAAUCACUUUGCUAUUUUUAGGAACAUUUCCUCAAUUAUUAUUAAACUAUCGUUUACUAUUAGGAACGACGAUAAUCGUAUAGACGCCAAACUCUUCAAACAGAACUUAACCGCAUAGCUCGCUCUUCGUCAACCAUCAUCCCGAAUGACACUGUUCUCUCCUCUGAUCUGUUGGAAACGAGAGGCGUACGCCUUUGGUGAGACUCAUGUAGUUACGAUAAACGUCACAAACGUGCGUACGCCCCGUGCUUUCCACAAAUAAGGGGUGAUAACGGUAUCAUUCUGUGCACCUUGAGCGUGCAAUGUCACGUUCUGGUUUAAGAGUGGCGCACACGUGGAGCACGAGAUUCAUGAAGUCAGGAUCAAUCGGUAUUUCGUGCAUAGGUUGGGAAUAAUGUUAUUCCAUCCAGCUACGCCUUUCUUUCUACCAACAAUACUGACGUUCUCGUCCUAUGUUCCUUCCUUCUGUUCCGACUGUCAGUGUAUCUAAUGCACCACUAUUGCUUCUACAAGGAAAGAGGAAUAACAAAGGCUGCGAAAUCCGUCAUGCAACCAAUAUUGCAAUCGGGCUCUCGAAACAUUUUCCCCGCGGCGAUUUUGUGUUGGGUAACUGAGACAAACUGCGCAAAGCGCCCGCAGAAGGUGGAUAAAUAUAGCGCUCGCUGCUGCCCAAUAUAUUUCGCUCCUCGUAUGUACACAGUAAACCAGCCUUCAGGACCCAACUCCUAAUGAACACCUUUUCUCGAUGUUACGAAGGCUCCAAGAUCAUAUUACGAUCACAUCACGAAUGAACGACGUCGCCGGAGGUGCCCGGCAUACACUCUCAGAAAAAAAGGGUGUGACAAGGUCGUGUCGUAACUUCUAUAGUUACCACCUAUAGGUCAACAUGGCGUCUCAUAAAGGGUGUAAAAGGGUUGUAAAAGCAAUUAUCAUAUAUCCAAAUUGCUACGAAACGGCGUACGCCCGCCUCGCUCACCGAAUCAGAAGUGGUAACCCUGUCAUGCGUGGGAGAGAGUGAGGUAGCAGGUAGAACUUUGCAACCUUUUAGGCACAACAUAUGCGACAAAUAUUACCUCCUGAAAGGUGUAACUGCUCCACCCUUUUUUCUGAGAGUGUAUGGAGGCAUUACUUGUAGUUAAUACAUCUAAAUUCACGAAGGUAGACAGAAAAAGUUUGCAGGACGUUUCCGUGGUUUUUAAUGUGAGGACCGUCUAAAAUUUUUACUGAAUUUUUUCCGGUUCUUUCGCUGUCUCUUUCAAGAUGCUAGCAAAGUUGAUAAGGUGUGCAUGCACGAAAGGUGGACACUUGGGACCAUGGAAUCAUCAUUGUCGUAAGGGCGCAUCAUUCUCAGUACAAUUCCACUUCUACUAUGUACAUAGCUCUCCCUCUGAUGCAUUACAUUUCUGUAUACGAUUUUUACGCAAAAAUAAAGGCGUUUAUUUAUCAA